AUGAAGAAAUUGGAAGGAGAAAUCCCAAUCUUUUUCAUGGUUUGGAUUUUGGUUGUGGCAUCACUAUCUUACUGUCACACCGUCGGUAAGGUCACUUCUCCGGGCACUACCAGACUCCUCGCCAUCCUACCCGUCGUAUUCUUCUUCUUCUACCUCCCUCUCAAUCUGACCACCAUUUUUCUCGGCGGCCCGUCGUCUUUCUUCCUCGCUUGGCUUGCCAACUUCAAGCUCCUCCUCUUUGCCCUUAACAAAGGUCCCCUCGCCACCACCCCUCCCACUUCCAUAUCUCAUUUCAUCCCCUUAGCUUGCCUUCCAAUCAAAUUCCGAAACGACCCCAAAAACCAUGAAAAAAAAGAACGUCCUGCGCGGAGAAUUUCUGCUUCAAAAUCUCUCCCAAAAGGCCAGAAAUCGACUCUCAACUAUGUGACCAAGGCUUUGAUUUUUUCCACGUCAUUACAUGUAUAUCACAACAAACAGUUUAUUCACCGUAAAAUCUUACUCUUCCUCUACUCCAUUUACAUGUACACCGGCCUUGAGCUUGUAAGAUGUGAGUGUCAAGGAGAAUGA